UUAUAUCAUUUUUAUUUGCUCUCUUUCCGAUAAAGAGCACAAAAAAGAAGAAUAAAUCAGUCGGCCAUAGAACAAGAUCUAACUAAAAAAAGAAAAAGAAUGAAUUCGAAAGGAAAACAAAAAGAAGAAGUAGCAUCAGUCCCCAACAGUUCCGUUAACAAACAGCAGCUAAUGGAAAAGGAGAAGAGUAAAGGCUCAACCAGUAAAAAGUAUAAGAUGGAGGAAACAGAAAUAAACAACACAAACAAUGAUGAUGAUGAGGAUAACCAGAAGAACGAUAGAGAACAUAAUAACGAGGAAGAAUUUAACGAUGAUGAUGUGGAAGAUGAAGACGAUGAUGAGUUAGAUAGUGAGGAAGAGCGUGCUCGGGUGAGGAGAGUUUUGGGUAUGCAAAUGCAAGGUAUAUUUGGUAGUAAUGGUUCGGGCGGAUUUUUAUCUUCGGAUUUUGGACGAUUCAAGCAUAUAUUGAAUGAGUUGAGGAACAGUAAUGACGACCCCACCGUGCAAUUGGUUGCUUUGCAAGAAUUAGCUGAAAUCUUAUCAAUAAGUAGUGAGGACAGUUUACCGGGUUAUUUCUCAAUCGAUGCGUUUGCGAAAGAGUUGGUUAGGAUUAUGAAGGGCCCAGUAGUUGAUGAUAUUACAUUAAUGCAACAAGAGGGUGAUAUGGAUCAAGAUAUGCUGUUGGCUUUAGCCAUGAGUGAAGGGUUAGUCGGAGGCAAUCCAGAAGUCAUGUUGUUAGCUUGUCGUUGUAUUUCAAAUCUUAUAGAAGCAAUGCCUACUUCUGUUACCAGUAUUGCGUCCCAUGGUGCUGUCCAUGUACUUUGUCAAAAGUUGAAAUCAAUUCAGUAUAUUGAUUUAGCCGAACAAGCUCUCUUCGCUCUUGAGAAAAUCUCGGUUCAGUUACCUAGAGCUGUAGUUCAUGAGGGCGGCUUGACUGCAACUCUUAUGUAUUUUGAUUUCUUCAAUAUACAUGCACAACGUACAGCUCUACGAACAGCCUCCAAUUGUAUGCGUGGCCUUGAUUUAGAGUCAUUUUCUCAAGUUAUAGAAGUGGUUCCCAUUCUGAUGAACACCAUUGCUCACUCUGAUAGAUCCAUUAUUGAAUUAACUUGUCUUUGCUGGGUGAGAAUUGCUGAAGGUUAUCGCAGCCACCGCGCCUCCUUUGAACGUGCUAUCAGUAACGAUUUAUUGAAAAUAUUGUGCAAAUUAUUGCCCGUUCCCGGUAAUACAAAUGCUGUUCAUCCUGGCACUUUUCAAGAUUUAUUACGUAUCUUCCGUGCCAUCUCCAAAGCUUCGCCACAAUUAAGUUUUGAAUUACUUCAACUUGGUAUCAUUGACAGUUUCUAUCAGAUUUUGAUCGGCUCAGCCACUCUUCCAGAUUUGAAAUAUGUCAGCUUAGCGGCGACAUCCCAACAACAUAUAACUUUAGACUCCAAAUGGCGUGAUUCAGUACCUUUGAUAAUGAAGAUUAUUGUUGAUUUAUUACCGCCUUUACCAAAAGAUGACUUGUUCAGUUCAAAACGCUUUAAACAACAACAACCUACACCUUUCUCGUCGUCCACAAGCAGCCAUAUGACAACACGGUCUAUGUCCUUAGCAACAACAGCCAAUGAUAAUGAGCAGAAAGAUACAGCAACUACAAUAAGCGAUGAUCCUCGUGUAAAAUGGUUACAAGAGGAUCAGCAUGCUAUGUUGAAAAUGGAUAUUGUUCUAAUUCCAUUAAUUUUGGACAUGUACUCAUCGACUGUUAAUUUACGUGUACGUCAACUGGUCACUCAUACACUCGUUAAAUUACUUCAUUACUCAGAAGGCAAUACACUCCAAACUGUGCUUACUGGUGUAGGCUUAUCUAGCUUUUUAUCCGGAGUUCUUGUUCGCCAGGAACAUCCUGUACUGGUUGUCGAUGCUCUUUACCAAGCAGAAAUUCUAAUCAGGAAAUUACCAGACAUUUAUCGCACUUCAUUCGAACGUGAGGGUGUGAUACAUGAGAUUGUUGCUAUCUCCAAAUUGCCACUUGUUGUUAAUGACGGCAAACAGCAACGAAAAGAGGAAGAAAUAGCACACCCAGAGUUGGCUUCUUCAUCUCAAUCAAGAAAUAGUAAUAAUAGCACUGUGAAAAAAACCAAUUAUGAAGAUGACUUUUUCCAGUCGAUGCGGCUAGAUUACGAUGAAAGUGAUGAGGCCACUGCCACAACUGAUGUUCAAGGAGGAACCGAGGGGAUUGAGACGGUGACAGACGACGAAAAAGAUCAAGAGUUUAGAGAAUGCCAAAAGACAGCAACGAGUACAUCGGUUUCUUCAACCACUCGAAAGCAAGAAAAACAACGUAAAAAAUUAAAUAGUUUUCUUAUUCGUACUCAACAACUGUUACAGCAACAACAGCGCUCUUCAUCUUUUCACGCCAAAUCUUCAAGUCGCCAUAGUCACCAUCAUCAAUAUCAUAUAUCUGAUAAUGAGAAAGGAGUAGGUCGUGGUUCUACUCGUAAAUAUAUCAUUUUAUUGGCUCAAUACUUCGUUGAACAUUAUAUCAAAACAGAGCAAGUAAGCGGCGAUGUUGUGUCUACUAGUAAUAGCUUUGUGGAAAUCUCGCAAUUCACAAAAGACCUGUUGAGGAAAUCUACAGCAGCACAAGCCGAGGAAAGUUUGAGAUCACUUUCUCGAUAUCUUCAAGCGUCAAAUAUGGGCAUAAGUAGCUUUGAAUUGAUCAAUACUGGGCUUCUGCAAGCCCUUUUGAGCUAUUUGACGACAACAAAAGAUAACGAGCAGUCGUUGCUUUUAGAGGAACGCACACAACUUUUUAAAACUGUUUUCAUAGAGAACCCCGAUAUCGAUCACAAUACACAAUCCUCAUCUUUGAAAAAGUUAGUUAUACGUUUACAAGAAAUUUUGAGUCGGUCUGAGUCAUUUGAUGUAGUGACACCCCUCGACACUACUUCGAGUGACAAUUUGCGGAAUCCUACAAGUAUGCUGGCCAAACAACUUAGGUUAAGACUUACAGGUGUUGGUGCACAUAUUCCUGGUAUAUAUAAGCAACUGAUGGUGUCAACUCAUGCCGUGGCUACCUUCAAAAUACUUGAAGAAUAUCUUUUAGCUCGUAUACAAACUUCCAGCUUAUUACGUGCUGAUGAUGGAAGCAGUAGCGAGAGAGAAGAAAAUAGUCAGGAACAUUCAGAAAUGGAGAACUACGACGAAUCAGAUGAUGAUAUGGAUGUUGAUCCUGAGCUUGAGGGAGAUACAUUGAUGAGGGAAACAAUAAUAGUCGAUAAGAAGGGGAGUACUGAGGAUACAACUUUGAAAAAAUCAGAAAGCGACAAUAAUGUUUCUACAAGCCAUGGAAGCAGUAGGCGGAAAAACCAACACCAAAAGAAAGAAAAUAAUAUUCAGGAAAAAAGUGUUAAAAAAGAAGGUGAAUGGAAAAUACGGUUCACUGUUGACAAUAUGCCUAUAUCCAAUGAAUCAACUGUAUAUGCUGCCGUACAUCAUUCUGCAAUGGAAAAAAAGGCUAAGAAUCAGGAACAACAUGGUAAUCUUGAUACUGCAGCAGCAACAAGUGAUAUCCGUAACAUUUGGACCGUAUCACAUCCCAUCACUUACGAACGUUAUUGGGAACUUUCGUCUCACUCAGAAAAGAGCAAUCAUCAUACCAAUCAAAGCAAGAGCGUGCGCCAUGAUUACCUACAUUCUGCUAAGAUCCCUCAACCAAAAGAAUUACAACAGAAAGGAGAAGACUCGAAUAUUUGCUUCCAAGUGCUUUAUCUAUUAAAAGCUAUUUCUUCUGUUGUUGAAGAGAAGCAAACAGAUGCUAUUAUAGCGGAAGAUUUUAUCAACAGAAAGCUGACGGCCAAAGCUAAUCGUCAAUUAGAAGAACCUUUAAUCGUGGCCAGCUCUUGUCUACCCAGCUGGAUUUACUGGUUAAUGCAUCAAACUCCUUUUCUAUUUCCCUUUGAAACUCGGUAUCUUUUCAUUCAAAGUACUUCCUUUGGUUAUGCCCGUUUGAUUGCUCGAUGGCAAAGUCUUCAAAUGCGUAAUCAAAAUAGUCAAAAUCAUCACCAUAAUCGUAGUAUCAACGAUGAGCAACAGCUUGUCUUAGGACGUAUGGAAAGACAAAAAGUUCGUAUUGCACGUUCCCAUAUUCUUGAAUCCGCUAUAAAGGUGAUGGAUAUGUUUGGCAGCUCUCCUAGUAUACUUGAAUUUGAAUAUAUGGGUGAAGAAGGCACAGGUUUAGGCCCUACGUUGGAAUUUUACGCUUGUUGUUCUAAAGAAUUUACUAAACGCUCAUUGAAUAUGUGGCGUGGGUCUUCUGCUUCUGUUGCCGGCAAUAGUGGUAAUUAUGUAGAUGCCCCAUUUGGUCUAUUUCCCAAGACGAUUUCCAAAAAUAUUGGUAAAUCUUCGAGAAAAAUCAUCUCUUUAUUCAAGACAUUAGGACAGUUCGUUGCCAAAGGUUUACUGGAUUUUAGAAUUAUCGAUAUACCCUUCAGCCCAGCCUUCUUUAAAGUUGUUCUGCAUAAUGUUGAGCCCUCCGAAGAACUUUUAAUGGAUAUUGACCCGCAAUUGGCCAAGUCGAUUCGUUCUUUACGUGCUUAUGCUGACAGAAAACGGGAGAUUUAUGACGAUGUCAUUAAAACUUCAAUUGAAGAGAAGUUAUCGUCUAUCAAAAAUAUUGAGAUCAAUGGAGCCAAAAUAGAUGAUAUGUGCUUGGAUUUCACUCUAGUUGGUGACGCUACAUUUGAACUAAAACCUGGAGGUGCCGACAUCCCCGUGACCAUAUAUAAUGUAGAAGAAUAUAUCGAACUACUGCUGGAUGCUAUUGCUGGAUCGGGUAUUUCUGAGCAAGUGAAAGCCUUCAUAGAGGGUUUCAAUGGAUUAUUCCCUAUUGAGGAUCUUAAACUGUUGACCUCCGCUGAAUUGGUCUCUUUAUUUGGCGGCAACGGUCAAGAUAAUGUCGAUUGGAGCUUUUCUACAUUAUCAGAUACCAUUCGAGCUGACCAUGGCUUUACAAAAGAGAGUGAGCCUGUCCGAUACCUUCUGGAGAUCCUUUCAGAAUUUAAUAACAUAGAGAGACGACAAUUUUUACAGUUCACUACUGGUUCUCCACGAUUGCCUAUUGGGGGCUGGAGAGCGCUUCGACCGACAUUUACUGUAGUUCGAAAAAUACCUGAGGCACCUUUAACACCUGACGAUUACUUACCCUCUGUUAUGACAUGUGCUAAUUACCUCAAAAUGCCUGCUUAUACUACGAAGGAGAUUAUGUUUCAAAAAUUGAUCAUAGCUAUGAAAGAGGGACAAAGUAGCUUUUUACUUUCGUAAAACCUUGAUCACGAAUAGGUUAUAGUUGCAUUAUGCUUUUGCUCGGUUAUUGGUAAAUAAUAAUAGUGAUAAAUCAAUAAAGAAUUGUAUUGCAACAGUUACAUUUUGCUGCUGUAGGUAACAAGU